CAUAUGUUAGAAGGUACCGUAAUAUUGAGAGGACAACACACUAAUUCUCAGAAAUUGUUACCUGUUAUGGCAGAUCCUAGUAAAUCAGAUGGUGAUACUACUUUAGAUGAAUGGUUAAAUCAGGUCAAAUCUGGUCAGAAGGGGAUUAAACUGGUUUUUACUAGUAUUGAUGCUGUUGAAAUAUCUUUACAAAAACUAAAAGCUUUAAAAGAAAAGGGUUUUUUAAAGUUUCCCGUUUGGAUUCAUGCUGAUGUAUUGCAAGGACCAAAUGGUGAAAAUCCAAUCAUGGAUUCAACAAGAUUUUUGAGGCAUUUAAAAGGAAAUUUUCCAAAAUGCACACUAUCAUUAGGGUGGACUAAAACUUCUCAUACAGAUACAAGUCAGAGUGGGUAUACAUGGGAAAUGGUAAUUGCCAUGUAUAAAAUAAUACAGAGCUGGGAAAUAGAUGACCAACCAGUGGUAUUUAAUGCUUAUCUUUCCUACUUGAAGAACUCUGUACCACAAUUAAAGUGGCUAUCAGACAAUAUCCUCCAUUCUAGUCUACUGGUACUUCAUUCUCCUAAUGAGUUAGGUUCUAGAGAAGACAUGUUAUAUGCUGCCUACAGAUUCCCUCCAGAAAAAUUAUUUUUCAAUUUA